UGUAGGACAGGUUGUGUUAGGUAGGGCCGUUCAAUUUUUUUGGAUUGCUACCUGUGGAUUAAACGUUAAGGAUGGAGUCUCGCUUUGCUUUCCUGCACCAGCGGGACACCAGUGUCUCUAUGCUGAGGGUGAAGAUGUCCCGCAGGCGCUCCCAGUCCCAGAAGGAGAACCGCACAAAGGUUCACAACCUUCGCAGGCAGCUGGAAGACUUGCAAGAGCAGGAUAUGUCCAUGCUGGAGAAGUCCAUUGCAGUACAUGAAGAGAAGGUGGCUAAAACCAAAGCACUGAAACCAGUAGAGGUUAACAGUGCUGUAGAAGAGAGGAAAAAGAUGCUUGCUCGGUACAAGGAAGCCAAGGAACUCCAGAAGGAGAAAGAGCGGCGGGAGAAGGAGAAGAAAGGCGUGUUUAAAUGUGGCCUCUACCAGCACACGCAGCCUGCAUUUUCCAACUCACAAGCCCCCAGUAAAGCAAAGAACCCUGAGCCAGUGCUGACCACUCGGGUCACUCGAUCUAUGAAGCAACCACAGCAGACUCCUCUGCAGCCACUGCAACAGAAGAUUGCAACUCAGAAGUCUGCACCAAAGAAAGAGCCAGUGGUCAGGAGGCCUCUCAGCACCAGGGGACAGACGAGGGUUCCUCCAGUUGCAGCGACGACCGCCGUGACCAAGCCUAAAGCCGCAGCAGCAGAAUCUGUCACAAGAUCCACCAGACCAACAAGGGCAGCAGCAGCAGCCAAGCCUACAUCAGAUUUAAAAACUAGAAGCAAUUCCAAAACAAGAUCCACGGUGAAGCAGCAGAAAGUGCCAUCUGCCGGUCAGGAGACAGAGCCGAAAGAAGACCCAAAAGAAAUGUUACAGAGUAAUGAGAAAAAGGAAGAGGAGAGCUGUCCUGUGGACCCACCUGCACCACAGUCAGAGACCGCCCCAGAGAAGGACCCUGUCCAGACGGAGGCCGAGGCCGAGGCUCCCUCCUCCUUUGCCCCCGAGGGCUUUGUGUUCCAGGCCCCCGUAGGCCUCCUGAUGCUCCAGCCUGCCCCACCGUCCCCCGGCUCAGCCAGCGCCAUCACUGCCCCCAGCUUUGAAGCCCAACAGGAGGCCGAUGUGCCCAUGGACCCUCCUUCUGCUCCCUCUUCUCCUCCUCCCGCUUCAUCUCCUUCUCCUCCUCCUGCUGCUCCCUCUUCUCCUCCCAGCAUCCUGGCCUCGUCCAUCCCACCUGUUUGCUCUGCCUCACCACCUCCUGUCUCCUCCUCCUCCUCCUCCUCCUCACCUCCCUGCUCUGAUGCUGCUGCUACUGCUGCAGCAACAGCAGCAGCUGACUGUGGGUCUGCAGCGCCUCCUUCUGACCAGCAGGAGGAACAGCAUGAUGUCCCCUACUUCAGGGCUGUGAUGGUCAGUGAGACUCAGAGGUUAACGGAAUUCUCCGAGCAAUGGCAAGUGCACUUUGAGGACUCCUCCAUCCCAGAAGAAAUGAGAGACCGCAUGCGGACAGCGGUGGGACAGGCCCGGCUCCUGAUGAAGGAGCGCUUCGGUCAGUUCAGCGGGCUGGUGGACGACUGCGAGUUUGGCCGCGGCGAGAAAGUCACCACCUGCACCGACCUCCAGGGAUUCUGGGACAUGGUGUACUACCAGGUGGAGGACGUUGACCGCAAGUUCAAAGCUUUGAAGGAGGCAGAGGGACGGGGCUGGACAGAGGAGAGCAAGCCAGCACCACGGCAGAGGAAGGUUGUUAAGAAACCCCCUACAGCAGGUGCUGCUAGCAGGCCUGCUACAGGUGCUGCAGGUAACACAGCAGCCAAGGGUCGCCUCGCUGCCAUCAAAGCAGCCAUGAAGGCCAAGCAGCAGCAGGCCGAGGCAGAGAAGGCAGCGCAGGCUGCGGCCAGUGUUCCGGACAGCACCCCUGCCGCGGGAACCCCGUCUAAACUUAAGCCCGCAGACAUCGUGGUGUUCAAUGGAGGCUUCUUCCAGGUCGAGAGCCCACUGAAGACCGCUGGAACACCCAGGCCAUCCCGGGUGAGCGCGACCCCCACGGCCUCCCCACUCAUGACCCCCAGUAGGCACCGGCGCUCCGCCCUCCCCGCCCACGCCUCUCCUUUCGCCCGCGCAACCCCCGUCACCACCCCGGCACGUCUGCCCAACCCGUCCCCGGCCCGCACCCCUCAGCCCAGCAUCCCUCCAGCCUCCUCCUCCGCUUCCUCCUCCUCUCACAGUGCGGACCCCACCAGCAUGGCCCUGAGCUUCUCCCCGGAGCGCUCGUGUCCUGCCGCCCUGUCCCGACUCAGCCCCCAGGCCCCGGACGCAGACCGAUCCCCUCGCUCGACGUCAGAAGUGGCCCCCAGCCCCCACCCCAGCCUGCUGGUCUCCUCCCCCGCCGCAGAGCAGCGUCUCCCCACAGUCGAGUGCCAUGCCAGCCCAGCAGGAGCUGUGAGCGUUCUGGCAGAUGUUGACAUGAGUGCGACUCCGGAGACGUCAUGCACUGAGACACCGGAUGUUCUUGGGCUGGACUUUGAGCGCUACCUCCAGCCCACCGCGCGGGUGAGCUUGUCUCCUAGCGCCCCCUCAGAGACCUUCUCCCCCAUGGCGGUGGACGCCGAGAUGGAGAGCCCAGAGGUGGAGAGGCCGGACGCUCUAGUGCAGACCCCAACCGCACUGCCAAGGAUGUCCCCACUGUUCACCCCACAGAUGGAACAGUCAGAUGAGUCAAACCUGUUACUCUUCACCCCUGUUGAGUUGAAGAACAGCGUGCCUCGGGCAUUGUGUGAGGAUGACCUGAUGUGCUUUACCCCACCAUCCCACAACUAGCGACAAAAGAAAAAUAUGUUUUUUUAUAUAAAUAUACUUUUUUUUUUUUUUUUUUACUUCAUUGUUAUUUGACUGGUUUAAAUAAACUCUUAGGUUUCUCCCGUGA